CCCUCCUCCUGGCCCCUGAAAGGAUAAAUAUAUUGACAGGAUGGACCCAUGGCAGUGGAUCUCUUGCCUUGCUUGAGGGAGUGCUCAGUGUGCCGCAUUAGUUUGGGACCAAACAAUGAAUACUAUGGAUAGGGUUACAGUUGUGAACUACUGCUUAGGACUCCUGGGUUUGCUACUACUGCAGGGAGUGCUAGAUGUGGAGGGAAGGAGCAUAUUUAACCCAGGAAACCAUGUUUUUAAUCCAAAAGAAGACACAGAUGCCCAGAGCAAGAUUCUGGCACUGUUACUACACAAGAGCUUAGUUCCUGUGGAAAAGGAUGAUCCUCUAGGUCUUGAGCUGGCCAAUAAACUGGCUGAAUUAGAGGAGCUUCAGGCGCUGAAGGAGGACCUGGAGCUGGAGAGGGAGAUCACAGCCAAUUUGGCAGAAGGCAAAUCCAUAACUAGGAAGAGGGGUGAACCUUGCUUCUGGAAGUACUGUGUCUGACAUGGAUGCAAGAGGGGGAGGACCGCUGUGAAAUCUUGCUGCAAAGCCCAACAUAGCCUUAAGACUCAAAACACCAGUAAUAUAAUUACACUGUAUUUAUCCUAGCAAUAUAGUGUUGUACCAUAAACCACAAAGUCACCAAUAAAUCUUUGAUUUCCAAUGCACCCAGGUGCUCUCAUGAGAGAUCUAAGGAAUGCGGCUGUACAUCUUUAAUCUGUAAAUAAGCAGCUACUCACUGGAAAUACUUGAGGGUCAGACAUGACGAAAUGUACUUGACUGCAAAGAUAUAUCAUUCUUUUAGCAGGGAUUUUAUUUGCCUACUGCUUGUGUUUA